UAUAAUCGCCCAUCCUCAUCCGCCGCCAAUGUCCGUCAUCUGGAAUAUCGCCUUCCUCUGCAGCCUCAUCAUCACCAUCGAGGUACUGCUUAACUCGCUCAUAACAAUCAAGACGCUUUCUACACAAAAGCGGGUUCACUAUGUCGACGAGCAGUAGCUCCCUCUCUAUCGGUGCCUCUGCUGAUGCUCCUUCGAACAUCACAAAUACGGACACUCCUCCAGAUCGAGAGCCUUCGCCCCUGUUUCUCAAGCUACUCGGGAUCUAUAUCAUGGCAUCCAAUUUGUGGGUCGCAACCAAAGCUUUCGUCUCGAACAGGGGCAUAUGGAGGUCGGAACCUAAGGUAGAGAGACACCCUAAUUACGAGAAGCUCAUGGAUCUCGCACAGCGACACGAGUAUCUACAGUGUCAUAGAAGGCGGAAGAUUGUCAAGGAGAACCACCACGGCGAUUACUUCCAGCAACGGGUAUCCACCCCCGAGGACGACAGGAAGAUGUGGAAGACUCUCUUGCUGCCUACCAUCGAAAGCAAAGAGGAGAAGGAAGAAAGAGAGAGGGAGGAGGAGUCCAAGUACCUUGUUGACCUGAUCGUUCAGAUGCCUAUCCUGAGCACACCUUGCGGUGAAGCUGAGAAGAUCAAGGACUAUGAGCAGCCCAAGGACAAGGAGCAAGCCAAGGUUGAUGAACAAGUGGAGGCUGAUGAACAGCCCGAGGAAAACGAGCAUGCCGAGGAAUAUGAUGGAGGCAAGGAAGACGAGCAAGCCAAGCACAAUGAACAAGUUGACCCAGACGCCUGGACGGUAGACGGUGUACUCGCAUCAAUCGAUUACGAGGCACUGGGUUUGCACUGA